AUGACGAUACACACUCUUACGGCAUUGAUACAGCAAGCACAAGACCAUCCGAUUUUCACACUGGUCGGGCUCACUUUCGUGGCGACACUGGCUGUGUUUCCUGGAAGGACACUCAGAAUGGUCAAGCCGAAAUACUGGCACUCGACCAAGCCACUGAUACUCAAGACGAAAGACGGUCGAUCUACCACCUUUGCAGACUUGUGCAAAUCUCUUAUUCCACCAUGCCGACUCAAUCCGCUUCUAUUCAAUGGCCAUCUCCAGACCAUCUGGACAGUCUUAACGCGAGAGUCUGUGCCAAUUUACUACAAGCGAAGAAUCUUCGAAAAUGAAGACCCAACCUUUACCGGCCAGUUCUCGGUUGACUUCGUGACAUCUCCCAACAAUGACUCCGACCCGAACCUCCCUUCGCGCACGACAUACUUUACAGAACAAGAGUUCCAGAAUAUUGGCUCACUAGACAACCGCCCGAUGCUGGUCAUGCUUCAUGGAUUGAGUGGGGGCUCGCAUGAGCUUUAUCUUCGCCAUGUCCUGGCACCUUUGGUUGGAGAAGGUGGAUGGGAGGCUUGUGUCGUUAUUUCUAGGGGCUGCGCCAUGACCAAAACCACCAGCAGCGUGCUAUACAACGCACGCGCGACCUGGGACAUGAGGCAGACUGUCAAUUGGCUCAGGAAGACUUUUCCCAAUCGCCCUCUCUUUGGAAUGGGCUUUUCCUUGGGUGCCAAUAUUAUUACGAACUACCUGGGCGAAGAAGGCAGUGACUGCCCUUUAAAGGCAGCGGUUAUUCUAUCCAAUCCAUGGGAUCUCAUGGCGGCAAAUCUUGCACUGCAGAGAACAUGGUUCCACCGAAACGCCUAUUCCGCCAGCAUGGGUCAGAGUAUGAAGAAGCUCUUCGAAAGGCACGUAGACCAGAUCUCACAGAACCCCAAGAUUGACGUGGACCUCGUGCGAAAGGUCAAGUAUCUUCAUGAAUUUGAUCGAUACGUCCAAGGUCCCACAUGGGGUUACCCCACAGAAGGGGCGUAUUACCGUGAUGCAUCGUCGGUCGAUUCGGCAUUGGCCAUCAGGAUCCCUUUCCUGGCAAUCCAUGCUGAAGAUGAUCCGGUGACUGCGAGUGAGGCGUUGCCGCGGGAAGAAGUUCAACAGACACCGUAUGGGGUACUGUGUACGACUCCUGGUGGGGGCCAUUUGAGUUGGUUUGAGCUCGGUGGCAGGCGAUGGUUCGAAAGAGUGACCACAUCGUUCUUCCAGACCAUGGCCAACGAUAUUGACUUGGACACAAUUUCCAAGAUGGAAGGCGAUGGCGCUCAACUCGAAGGACAAAUCUCACGCGGUGAACGACAGCCGUUGAAGCCUGUCUUCGAGCCGAUGCGGAGGAAAAUGCAUGUCCCAGGCUUAUGA